CAGUGUUUGUGAUGUGCUCAGAUACUGUGGUGAUAAACCUAUAAGAAAUCAAUCCCCUUACUUCUCCUGCUGAACAAGAACUGUCUGCUUUGCCUGGCUACCUUCCUCUGUCCUGAUCCUGCACCUAGAUACUAGGCUAGAAUCCUCCCUGUUCUCCUUGCCCGCUUUUGAAUUCUGCAACUCAAGUAAAUUCCUCCAUCUCUGCUAAACUUGGGCACUGGAGUUUAUUCUUCCACACUCCUGGCCACUUGAUUACAUCCUCUCUAAAAUCACUCUUCCAGUAUUGAUAGUGAUGAACUUCUUCACUGAAUCCAACUCUCAUAGACUGCUAGUCUUUUCUUCCUACGCAGCCAUUGGGGGGAGAGUUGGUGGACACAUUCUAUAUGCUGAAUAUAUAUUGUUAUUAAUUGCCAGUAUUUCAGGUACUCAUUAAUGAGUGAAGGAUCAAAAGGUGGGACGGUGGCCAAGAAGCAAUGGAGAAUAAAAGCUUAGAAGGCUCGCCAUCAGAUCUAAAGUUAGUGGCUCAUCCAAGAGCAAAGAGUAAAGUAUGGAAGUACUUUGGGUUUGAUACCAAUGCAGAAGGAUGCAUAUUACAGUGGAAGAAAAUCUAUUGCCGCAUCUGCAUGGCCCAAAUUGCCUAUUCAGGAAACACGUCCAACCUUUCAUACCACCUUGAGAAAAAUCAUCCUGAUGAGUUCUGUGAAUUUGUGAAAAGUAACACUGAGCAAAUGAGGGAAGCGUUUGCUACUGCAUUUUCAAAACUGAAGCCAGAAUCAUCACAGCAGGUUGUUCAAGACACUUUAAUUAUGAAGACCAGCCACAAUUAUGAAAACAAAAAGCAUCAAGAAUUGACUGCUGCUGUGAUUAGCCUAAUUUGUGAGGGCAUGUAUCCUUCCUCCAUUGUUGAUGAACCCACAUUCAAGGCACUUUUGAGAACAGCAGAUCCUAGAUAUGAACUUCCUAGCAGGAAAUAUUUCUGCACAAAAGCAAUUCCUGAAAAAUACAAUGCUAUUAGAGAAAUUGUGUUAAAAGAACUUACUGAAAUUCUAUGGUGUGGCAUAUCCACUGAUAUGUGGAGAAGUGAAAACCAGAAUAGAUCGUAUGUAACACUUGCAGUUCAUUUUCUGAACAGUAGCCCUUCUAACUGUCUGGCUGUUAACUCCCGGUGUUUAAAAACAUUUGAAGUGCCAGAGGAAAAUACUGCAGAAACUAUUACACGAGUCCUCUAUGAAAUCUUUAUUGAAUGGGGGAUCAAUACAAAAGUCUUUGGUGCUACAACAGAUUAUGGUAAAGACAUUGUGAAAGCUUGCUCUCUCCUAGAUAUUCCAGUACAAAUGCCUUGUUUGGGGCAGACUUUUAAUGCAGGAAUACAACAAGCUUUUCAGCUUCCAAAACUGUGCAGCCUCCUUGCCAGGUGCCGAAAACUGGUGGAAUAUUUUCAGCAAUCCACAGUCGCAAUGUACAUGUUAAGUGAGAAGCAGAAGCAACAAAAUAUUCUCCACUGUAUGCUUGUAAGUGAUCGUGUUUCCUGGUGGGGAAGCACACUUGCCAUGUUGCAACGUCUUAAGGAACAGCAGUUUGUAAUUGCAGCAGUUCUUGUGGAGGACAGCAAUAACCACCAUCUGAUGCUGGAAGCCAGUGAAUGGAAUACAAUUGAAGGCCUGGUGGACCUACUUCAACCCUUUAAACAGGUUGCUGAGAUGAUGUCUGCUUCAAAAUAUCCAACAAUAAGUAUGGUGAAACCCCUCCUCCACAUGCUUCUAAAUACCACAUUGAACAUCAAAGAGAAUGAUUUGAAAGAAAUUAGCAUGGCCAAGGAAGUGAUAGCCAAAGAGUUAUCAACAACAUACCAGCAUACACCUGAGAUAGACAUGUUUCUCAAUGUUGCAACUUUUCUGGACCCUAGGUACAAAAAACUACCUUUCCUUUCAGCAUUUGAACGGCAACAGGUAGAAAACAGAGUGGUGGAGGAAGCAAAAAGCCUUUUGGAAAAAGUAAAAGAAAACACUUUCAGGCCUGAAGAAAAGUUCUUUACAGUGUCAGAAGAGCCACCUGUGAAAAAAAUAAUCAUCUCCUCUACUCCUCCCCCUACCAGCGCAAUCAAUAACAUGCUUGCGGAAAUCUUUUGCCAAACAGGAGGGGUGGAAGACCAAGAGGAAUGGCAUGCUCAGAUUGUUGAGGAAUUGAGCAACUUUAAGUCACAAAAGGUUCUUGGUCUAAAUGAAGACCCACUUAAGUGGUGGUCUGACAGACUAGCAUUAUUUCCUGUUUUACCAAAGGUACUUCAGAAAUAUUGGUGUAUUCUAGCCACAAGAAUCUUCCCUGAACGCCUUUUUGGUUCCUCUGCUAAUGUUGUAAGUGCUAAGAGAAAUCGGUUAGCCCCAGCUCAUGUUGAUGAGCAGAUCUUUUUGUACGAAAACACUCGCAAUGUGUCUGAAGCAGAACCUGAAGAUGAGGAUGAAGGCGAGUGGGGCUUGGAACAGGAACAGAUUUUUAAUUUAAAUGACACAGUAAAUGUAAGCAGCAAUUUCUUUAAUAUCCGAGACAGUGGGUUCAUUUAACAGGAAUACUAUGGUACAUUAAAUAACAAAGAAAAGGUAUUUGUCUUAAGUUACCAAAAUUGUUCUGUUUGAUGCUAUGAAUACUGUAAAUACUGAACAAGCGUAAAGACUUGGUUUAAGCUUUUAUUGUAUAUGUCUUGCCCACUAUCUUAAAACAUGAAUAAUGUGUGAUUAUAUAGCACUGAAAUGAACAAGGAAGUAAUUCUGCAAAGACCAUAACUCCUGACUCUGGCCCCAAUUUCAGGAAAGCACUUAUGGAUGUGUUUAGUUCCUGUGUACUUCAGUGGGACUUGAAUGUGCUUAAGUGCUUUCUGUAAUAGGAAUGUGUUCUGAAUUUGGACCCUAAACAGAGAAGUUUUAAAGAUGUACAAAUCCACUUCUGAAGCCAACAUGGGUUAGGAUUUCAAAGUUUAAAUUCCUAAAUUUAAAGUUGAUUUAAAAAUCCGUAAGUCAGAUCUUCAGAGACUCUUACAAAAAUAUUAGGAAGAAACUAGACAAUAAAUAACUUUGAACCUGAUUUUGUCACUACCUCAUACUUUUGGCCUCGUCUACACUGCAAGUUCUACUGGUAUAACUACAUCAAUUAGGGAUGUGAUUUUUGUAUUGACAUACAGGUAUAGGCUCUAGUGUGGAUGCAAUUAUACCGAUAUAGAUUUUUUGCUUCCCAAACCCAAUAAGCUAUAUUGGUAUAAGCACUUUUAUGCCAGUAUAACUGCAUCCACACCGAGGGACAUUUUGUCACUUAGUCAUAUUAGUAUAGUUAAAGUGGUAAAACUUUCUAGUGUAGACAAGCCCUGAUGUCACCCUUACAUUUAUACUAAGUAGAUGGAAAUCACAAUCACAUCAGAAUUGUGGCAUUUUACACUCACUUCGUGUGACUCUAAGUCAAUGGUUCUCAAACUUUUGUACUGGGGACCCCUUUCACACAGCAAGCCUCUGAGUGCGACCCUCCUUGUAAAUUAAAAACUCUUCAAAAAGUAUUUUACACCAAUAUAAAUGCUGAAGGCAAAGCAGGAUUUGGAGUGGAGGCUGACAGCUCAAACUCUCCAUGAAAUAAACUUGUGUCUCCCUGAGAGGUCACAAUCCCCAGUUUGAGAACACCUGGUCUAAGUGGUGGCUGCACAAGGUGUAAAGCAGCAAAGAAUCAGGCCCCUGAAGAAUGGGGGAAGUAGGGAGAUUGGAAAAUGGCAAGGAUCAUAGUUGUUUUUAUUUGUUUUUAUACAAAUUGUUUUAAUGGACUUUGACCAGGGGAUUAGAAAGAUCUUUGGUAGAAAAAGCCUUUCAAAAAAGUAAGCUUUAAUUUUUUGUAAAUGUAUUUAAGCAGGGAAAACAACCCUCAUACAAGUUGUUAGACUUUGAUAAUGUUUCUUGUUAUGUCAGCACUUAAAACUUCCUUUUCCCCUUCUUCCCUUUAGAGUCAGUUUGUAGAGGGCUUUGGUCUGGCCCACCUCAAUACUAGUUCUGAUUAAUCAUUAUGUGUACUGCAGUAGCUCCCCCUGUGUCUCUAUGCCUAAAUAUUUUAACUCUUUUUGAGUACUUAGCAAAAUAAAAUAUUAAAAUGCAUCUCUUAGGAAGAGCUGCAUGUCCAAAACAAGUCUAUAGUCCACUUUUUGCCUGAGAGUGGGGAGGCAGCCAGCAUAUUUUGCUUAUGCACAGGGGGACUUUUGGAACUACCAUAUUAUAGGCAAAGUUUUUUUUUCUUUUUUCAUUUCCCAAUUGGAAAUGUUCUGGGAAUAUCGCUCUUACCGAAUAGAAGACAUAUUGUCAUUAGUCUACAACAGAGAUCGGCAACCUUUGGCAUGCCCUGACAGGCCGGGCCGGUUUGUUUACUUGCCGCGUCCACAAGUUCGGCUGAUCGCAGCUCCCACUGGCCGUAGUUCGCUGCUCCGUGCCAAUGGGGGCGGUGGGAAGUGCAGGCCAACACAUCCCGCACCCCGUGCCGCUUCCUGCAGCUACCACUGGCCUGCUGCAUCCAGUGGCAGCCGUGAUCGGCCGAACAUGUGGACGUGG